AUCAUAUCUCUAUAAAUUAAAGGGGUUGCCCUUAACUAUCUUCAUUCAUACAACAUGUGUAGUAGUAGCAUGAAGGUACCCCCUUUCUCAUGUGGGUUUUGGGAUAAUAAUCAUCAAACCAUGCAUGAAUCCCAAGCUGUCCUUACGCUUGGGUGCAAGCGCUUUCGCCCUCUUGCACCCAAACUUGAUGCCACCAACACUAACGUCACCUUUGAUCUCAAAAGCUUCAUUAAGCCCUCGAGCACUGCUUCGCAAAAGCUUGUUCCAUCGACUGAGUCAACUUUUCAACAGGUCGAAACCCAUGUAGGAGGGACACGAUGGAACCCGACUCAGGAACAAAUCGAGAUGUUAGAGAUGUUGUAUACCGAAGGAAUGAGGACACCAAAUGCCCAACAAAUAGAGCACAUAACUGAGCACCUAAGAAAGUACGGCAAGAUUGAAGGCAAGAAUGUGUUUUAUUGGUUUCAAAACCACAAAGCUCGUCUAAGACAAAAGCAAAAACGUACCGUCCUCGGCCUGGAAGAAUCAAUGGGGCAAAACAUAAGUCCAUACAAAAGAAAAUUUAGGAGCUGGACAUUUGAUUGUUCAGAAGAAGAAGAGAAGCAGAAAAAGGAUAACAAAGAUGAGGAAAGCAAUAAAACAUUGCAGCUUUUCCCAUUGCACCCAGAAGGAUUAGUCAGAUCAUGAAUCUCAACAACAAUAAUGAGCAAAUGUCUUAAUUUCAAAAAAUUGAAGUCGACUACACAAAUCAAUAUAUUAUUUCUAAUGGUUGUUUAUAUGAUUUUUCUUCUCCAUUUAUUCUGAUUUUCUACCAUUACGAUUUGUAUGUCUAGAUCCAUCAUACACCUUUCCGUUUUUGUUCUUCAAGUCAUUUUCGAUCUUUCUCGACUUCUUUUUAAGUCUCUCGAGCUUUAACUGUACAAACCAACAUCUCAUUCAUAUUCUCCUUUGAGGGUUGAGGCAAGAUCAUGAAUCUAACUUCUUAAAAUUUGUAUAUUUAUUUAUGUCUAGGUAGGAUCCACUUUGACUUUCGGAUAAUCUUAUGUUAUUGUUGUAAGUUGUAAAUAUGAACUGAUGAAAGAUAUGAUCUUUUCUUU